GUGAAAUUUAAUGCACGGUGUGAUUAAUGGCUUUGGUAAAAUGGGACUUAUUACGUGUUAGACGAUUAAGUGUAUGGAAAGUGUUUUCUGGUGUAAUCGUGGUCGUCACAAUGUGGAUUUCGUUUGAAAAUUCUGUCCUUCGCCUUAUACCAAUAUUGAAGCCGCCAAGACGCAUGGUAACCAUCGCAACAGUAUCAUCUACUAGAUCUAAUCACAGCACAACGAAAACGUUUGUUAAUGUUCAAAGUAGCACAUUUAGCAAUAUAAAUAGUAAUUCAACAAAACACAAAGUAUUAUAUACACUAGCACAUAUUAAUUUGAAAACCAGCAAUUCAAAUUCAAAUCACACAAAGCUUAGAAUAAACUGUCCGCGUGAUCACGUGAUAUACACAGACGAGGAAACAUGGUUAAAGGGACUUCCACGCGUCAACGAUUCACACAAUCAGCGUCUACUUGAGCGGUUAACGGAAGCUAAUAUAAGCGGUACGAACGCGGUGUUCCGCUCCGUUGGAAACCUAACAUGCCGCCAGAGGAUGCCACGUGAUCUGCGAUUGACGCCGUGUGAUCUUCCGGUUACCGCCCUUGCGAGCCCCUUUCGGUGUGGAAACACAUGGUUGCGACAUCUCGUACAGCAAGCAACAGGGUACGGAACAUCGUCGAUCUACUGUGAUCAGGAGUUGAAGACCAAAGGUUUCCCGUUCGAGUGUGAAAGGUCUCAACAGAAAAAGACGCUGCUGGUCAAAACACACCAACCGGAGCCAUCCGAUUUGAAUGAAGCUGGAAAAGUGUCUAUGGUACAAUUGAAAAGGCGUUUUGCUAAGGCUGUAUAUCUUAUUCGAAAUCCGUACGAAUUCAUUGUGGCGAAUCACCACAGGUUCCAUCUGGAUAAUGUCCCAGAAGACCAAUUCCUGGGACAGGCCGGUUCUAGAUGGCGAGCAAAACACCCCUCGCUUUUGAAAUGGUGGCAGGCGAUGAACCAAUUUUGGCUGCACGAUUUUUCCGGGCCAGUAUUUCCCGUCGUCUAUUCCAAUCUCUUGCACAAAACCGAGACGGAACUAAGGGGUCUGCUGGAAUUUCUGCGCGUAAACGUUAGCAAAACGGACAUCCGGUGUGCUGUAAUCAACGGCGAAGGAAAUUUUCACAGGCAACCUCGGAAAUGGACUCAGAUUCGAAGCAUCCUUCAACUGUUUGAUGUUCCCAUGCAACAAAACAUAAACUCGAGCUUUUUGGAGCUUAAAAGACAUUUAAAGGAGAAAUAUAACAUCGAUUGGCAUAUGGAAUAGGUCAUCGUCAUAGCGAGUGAAAUUGUGCCAAGCUCAAUCGUUCAUCUCUCUUAAGCGAUUACAGCAACAUUCAGCGCGGUAUUUAAAACAACUAAAACGCAGUCAAGACAGUUUUCUUAUCUGGAAAAUGAGUCCUCCGUAUGCAAAACUGUGAACACGUACUUUUUCAUUUCUGAAAAAUGAAACAAUACAUCCUAUUUCAUUUAACACCUUAAAGUACACGUACAAAUUAAACAAAAUGUUGUAAAUAAUUGUAUUUGUGUGGUAUAAUUAUCAUGGAAAAUGAUACGGAUUGUUUUAAUUAUCGCAUGGA